CUUUCCCUCUGCGGGAGGCGAAAGAAGAAGGUGCCAAUGUUGGCUGGAAGUGAUGGGUCAUCGUGUUUUUCGCCCACCGGCCCCUUUAUCGGCGUUCUGCGUUCAUCGGCACGACUCAGUGCGACUCUCGUGAUGUUCCGGGGAAGAGGCUACGUCACGCCAAAGUAAACAUUCCGUCGUUUCACUGAAUUCGGGGGACCGCCAGCAGCAGCAGCCAACGUCACGAUGACGCCAGUCGUAAAAGGAACGGAUGGAGAACGAUAACAGCGAAACACCAACCCCCGGCACGUCGCAGUUCACUCCCGGAGUUUACCUCACCGGACACACAUCGCGCGCACACACACACACACACGCACGACUGCUCCCGGAGCUGGAACCUUUGUUGUUUGAGGCUGUCACUCGCAUAUCAUAUGGGACAUAAAUUAGUGCCCCUCCUCAUCCCAAAGUCCUGCUCGAAGAGUACGUGCAACACACAAACAGCGUGUGCGAGACCAGUGGAAAACAACACUACGAAAAACAGUGCAGUGACACACUGAAUGAGUGGGGAAUACAGGACCCGAAUAAUAAGCUAACAAUACGCAGGGAUUUAAAUCACAUACACAUACACGCAUCGGAAAUGACGAAUGUUCGUAGAAAAUCCACGAUAACGCGCUCGCUAUAGGACGGCAUCAAAACGGGUCGCUAAUAAUAGACGAUCGGACGUAAAGUUCUUGAGAGAUAGCCAGAGUUGGUAGCGGGAGGGCGACCAGAAGGGGACAGUGGACAUUUGUUAACCGAUCGUCGCAACCGUCCCCCCGAAAGGCCACGAUAUACCACGUGGUGUGGUGCACGUGGUGCGUAAACCGAACAGGGCGAAAACAUGUUAAACAAAGCACAAAAGCUAGUGCUCGGAAUAGUGUUACUGGUGCUGGUCGAUAUUAUAUGGGUUUCGUCGAGCGAACUAACCAAGUUUCUGUACGAAAAUGAAAACUACGACAAACCGUUCUUCUGCACGUACUUCAAGGCGUCUAUGUUCACCAUAUACCUGAUAGUGCUCGGUCUGAUAGCACCGUGGAAGGAGAGCUGCAACCGCAAUGGGAAUUACUCGCUGAUGGACACGAUCGAGGAGGACGAAGGAUACUAUGCUAAUGGAACGUCCAGUUUGAGUGACUCCUCAUUCGUUCCCAUCAAAACGGACGCCCAAGUGUCCGGCACGGAAAGCGAUGACUCCAGCAUACGCAGCGUACGGUUCAGCAAGGUGGCGGAGGUACGCGAAAUGUCUCCGCACGAAGCGUCCGAAGCGCUGAUGUCGCGGCUUUCGUACGCAGCCAGCCUGCGAGUUCAUCGACAAAAAUCACACCACAAAACGGCUCGAACGGCUUUACUGUUCUGUGUGCUGUGGUUUAUUGCCAACUACAUGUUCCAGCUGGCACUGGAGCCGAGUGAAACGGCAAUGGUAACGCUGCUCAGUUCUAGCUCGAGCUUUUUCACCCUCAUCCUUGCCGCCAUGUUCCCUUCGUCCUGUGGCGAUAAGUUUACCUUCUCGAAGUGUUUCGCCGUGCUGUUGAGCAUUUCCGGCGCGGUAAUGGUUUCGAUGUCGGAAAUCGAUCAGCCGAAAAUGUCACGCGGCAUCGUGCUCGCCCUGCUGAGUGCAUUCUUCUACGCGUCCUAUCUGGUGCUAGUCAAGCGUAAAAGCGACACGGAAGAAAAGAUUAGCAUUCCCCUGUUCUUUGGCUUUGUGGGGCUGUGGAAUUUGCUGCUGCUGUGGCCGCUGCUUUUUGUGCUAAACUUUUCCCAGCUCGAAGUGUUCGAGCUACCCUCCCGGCGACAGUUUAUAGUUUUGUUUUUGAACGGGCUCAUCGGUACGGUACUGUCCGAGGCGCUGUGGCUAUGGGGCUGCUUUCUAACGUCAUCCCUUAUCGGCACGGUCGCCAUAUCGCUACAGAUACCGCUGGCAAUGCUGUUCGACAUGGUGCUGCACGGUAAAACCUACCCGCUACUGUUCUAUCUCGGCUCACUGCCCAUGUUCCUUUCGCUGGUGCUGGUGGCCUUUCUGGUGAAGUUUGAUGACUGUGAUCCGCUGCUAAAGUUCGGCAAGCUAAUGUACCGGCGGCUGUGGAACUGCCGGAAAGCGAACGUUGUGCGAAUACCGGAUCUGGAGGAGCAGCACGAGUCCCUCAUCGACGGUAGCCAUGAAAACUAGAGCGGGAAUGAACCGUACGUGGCGUCUGUUUUGCUCUCGGUUUAGUUACACACAAACACACCACAGUAGUUCUAUCCGGUGCUCAGCGGUUUUGUAUCGUUUCUCGGAUCACUAUCCUUUGGUCGGGGAUCAUCAGCACAGUGAUGCGCCACAGAAAUCGUCAUCAGCUUUUGGCCAUUUUAUUGGACUUUCAUAACUUUAACUGGCAGAGUGCAAUUCGCUAAAGAACAAUGCGUUCAACAGCGAUCGUUUUUUUAGUCUAAUUUUGACGAUUCCUGAUCAAUUUCUCGUGAUUUUGUUUUAGUAGAAAUUUUUGGAGAUUAAUUUACAUCACCAAAGUGUUCUUGCUGAUACGUAUUUUCGGACCGUGCUUUCAUUCGUGAUGCGGUUUGAGAGGGCAAGGUGCUGCUUGAUAAUAGUAUUUAGAUUGCUCUCCUGCUAGAGCCACCUGAAAGAGAUUGUAAUAAUUCAUUACGUUACACUUUGACUCGUUAUAGAUCAACGUAAAAAGUGCGCAGAAAAUUGCGACAGUUUCCUGUGCUAAAAUUCAAAAUCAGUAUUUCUACCCCGUGUUUUCGCGUAGUAUUAUUAUCAUUCUUUUGUUUACAGAUCUUUAAAGUCAUACAAUCAGGAAUGUAUUUUGUUGUGCUAAGAAACUAUUGAUAAACCCAAUUGCUGUACGGAUCAUACUUACUCAGUUGAAAUUAUGUCUCGAAUAAUGAUGAUACAUAUAGUUUCACAUUUGCACAGUUUUCAGUGAGAGCAAACAAUGGUUCGAAAAGUGCUGCAUGCGGCACAUUAUCACAUUAACGCAAUUAGGCAUCGCAAAGCAAUAGGAAAAGCAAGAACAAAUAAUUAUGUUCAAUGAUGUGUCUGAAGUCGUUGCCAAGCAAAAGAGGUCAACCUGUUUUGGAGCCGAUGUGCGACGAAGUAUUACUUUAAAUGUAUCAUCACCGAACGGUAGGAACUAACGCACACGGAUGAGAAGAGAGCACACGCAGAGCAUCUAGGAAAGUGUCUUGUUUUUUUUUUGUUUUGCUCGUAAGCGCAAUACACAAAUCUAGGGAAUUGUUCGUUUAGCGUAUGUUGAACAAACCGUCAGUAGCGCACAACAACAACAACAACAACAAUGCACAUUUGAAACACACUUAGCAUUGUAGGAAUUGUAUGUCAAUGGCCACACCAUCGUUCGAUGCGGGUGGUGCCAUCGAAUUCUGCCGGGAAUAGGAAAUGCAAGCAAAACCCAGUGCCCAGUGGCUCAGUAGUAGUGGUAUUAGCAGUAGCGCAGUAGUAAUAGUAACAGUACUAGUAGCUAUUCUAUAUUGUGAAAUUUGAGUUUUUCAUUGUGAUAUAAACGUAGUGUAUACAUGAGUAAAUUAAGUAUUCGAUGCGGAUGCGCAUUCCCCGCACACAACUACUCCCAGUGCAGAGGAUGUAGCAAAAAAAUGGUGCAUUAAAAUAGGGCGAGAAAAUCUAAAAGACUAAACACAUUGUUCACUGUAGAAGAAGCGCCUGUCUGUAAGCUGUGGAUGGACGAGAUUUGAUUUCCUCUGCGGAUGAAUACGGUGUAUGUUAGUAUUAUUAGUUUUGAACGUUUCGAUCUGUUGCGGCCCUAUUCACAUUCUCGCAUCCCGAAAAAAAGGAAUGUUCCUCUGUGUGUGUAGAAGAGUACUUUUGAUCACAUUUAGUUUAAGAGUCCCCCCAUCCACAUGCGCGGAUAAGACAAGAUCGUGUACUGCAACGGCGUCUCAAAAUUAUUAGCUUGCAAAGCAUAUUCGAAACACCAGCGCCAAAUAGCGGAGAGAGAGAGAGAGAGAGAGAGAGAGAGAGAGAUAGUACAGAAGCGUUACAUAUAUUUUUGUACAAUAUUUUGCGCCCAAAAUUAGUGCAACACGACGACGACGGCGACGCGCCUUCGAUUGCUGUGUCCACAGUGUCACCCCGAUUGUUCCGGACCACCUAACACAACCCCGAUCGAGGCUAACGUAUUCACUUAUUAAACUAAAGCACACUAGCUUCACCAGCAUCACCAGCACCCUAACACCCUCUUUCCACCCUUUUCAUGUUGAAUACUACUAACUAAACUGUGUUCUAAAAAAAACCCUACAACAAACAAACACUCAAACGUACUAAAAGACUCCGUAGCAAAAGUUGACAGUUUCUGUCGUUUGGAGUUUACUCUUUUUUGCAAUAAACACACCACCAUAGCGAAUUGUUGUAGAGAGCAAGAGAGCAGACGGGAGAGAUGCAAUAGAUACAAUAGAAAAGGAAAAUACUUACCACAAACUUUCUACACAGUAUGUAUGAAUGUGUGUGUAUAUAUUAUAUUGAUGCGAUAAAAUACAUAUUUCGCAAAACAAAACAAACAAUACAAAUACAAAAAAAAAGAAAAAUUAAAGACAAACAGUUUGAAAUGAAGAAAGUGGGAAAGCGAACGAGAUAAAAGAGAUGUUAAAAGUAAAAUGCAUUCCUUGUGGUAGGAUAGGUUUUUUGUACAAUUUAUAUGUGAUACAUACAAUGCCCAUUUAUUGAGUAGGAUUUACAACGUACCACGUCGGUUCUUGUGGGAAGGUGCAGUGAAGGGUAAAAGGCGCACAUACAAAAAAAAAACAAAAGAAACAAAACAGACACGUAGAGUGAAUUAAAAGUCAAAACAGUUCGAAAGUGAACCUGAAAGAGUCAGUUAAAAAAGCAAGAAACGAGAACAAAUAAGUAGUAGUAUGCAGAAGAGGAAAAAUUAAAAAAAAAGACACACACAUACACACAUACACAAAAUAGUAGACUAAAUAACAAAACCAUGAAAAUUGGAAUUUGCAAAAAAACAAAAACCAACACAACCACACAACUUUACACUAGCAGCCAUACAAGUAUGAGGAUUUAUAGAGUAAGAGUGGACGGUGAUCAUGCACGCACGUGAUAGUGCCGUUGAAAGUGUUUAUUGAUGAUCAUAUAUAUAUAUAUUAUAUCUUGCAUAUUGUAUUUGUGUGUGUGUGCUGGAUGCGAAGGAUGAAUUGAGAGUGCGUGUUGUACUAUACCUCUCCAUAUAAAAUAAAAAACACUCACACUUACACACAUCACUCUAAGUAGGAGUUUCUUCCUGAUCUUAAAUAGAACGUUAAUGAUCGAGGACAGUAACAGGACAGGAAUCAUACAUAAACAAUACUUAACGUCACGCAACACACAUGAAGUGGAAUGAUGGUUCGUUAGAGGAGAAGAGGACAACAUUACAAGACAAGAUUGAAAGUAGACGAAGCAGUAAGCAAAAGGAAGUGUUUAUUGAAACAAUAAUAGUGAAAUAGCGAAGAAGAGCAACAAAAACAAAACACACACACUCUCACAGUUCAUCAAACCAAGAAUACCUUACAAAUUGCAGUAAAACACAGAUAAAAAUGAA